AUGGAAAAGGCAGUACUAGAGGCUUGUGCCCUGACUCAGGACCUGAUGGUGUUGCCUUCGGGUGACUUGACCACUGUGGCAGAGGGUGGAAGCACACUGAGUGGAGGACAGAGGACUAGAGUGGCGCUGGCUAGAGCUGUCUACCAGGAGCGCAAUGUAUAUUUGUUGGACGACGUGUUCUCCGCAGUGGAUGCACGAGUCGCCAAACACCUGCUGAGGCAUUGUAUCAAUGGCUUGCUGAGGGACAAGACUAGAGUCGUCUGCACUCAUCAGACCCAGUAUCUGCUACAGGCAGACACUGUAGUCAGCAUAGAGCAGGGCACUGUGCUGCGGCAAGGACCACCAGCCGAGGUACUUCCAGACUAUGAGGAGAUGGUGACAAGUCAUCAGCUGGAGGGGGAGGGAGAGACUCAGAGAGAGGAGCGUCCCCCCUCCCCCAUCCUCUCUACAGAGGGAGAGGUAGACAGUCUACAAGGAGAGGAGGGCAGGGAGACUGGUACCGUAGCAUGGAGAGUGUACAACACCUACCUGGCAGCUGUAGGAUACUGUCUGACUGCAGCCAUACUGAUCAGUCUCACACUCAUGCAGGUUUCAAGAAACGGCACUGACUGGUGGAUGGCCUACUGGGUUACAAGUGAAAACACAACAGCCUUUGCCCUACCAUUUAACUUGGACCUGACAAAAAGUGAUCUACUUCCGUGGGUUGACCCGUCUACUCGCUACUACCUAACAGUCUACGUGUUGAUAGCCGUCUGCAACUCUGUGUUCACUCUUUUUCGAGCGUUCUUGUUUGCCUACGGAGGUAUCCAUGCUGCAUCUGCUGUACAUAAAGUGUUGCUCAACAAAGUCAUAAGGGCCAAAAUUGUCAACUUUGACAUUCUACCAGUUGGUCAGAUCCUCAACCGAUUCUCUUCAGAUAUGUACACGGUGGAUGAUUCUCUUCCGUUCAUUUCAAACAUCUUGUUAGCUCAGUUUUUUGGAGUAAUAGGCAGCAUGUUCGUCAUGCUUUACGGUGUGCCAGAAUUAUUCUUCAUCCUAGUGCCACUAGUGCCGAUCUAUCACUGGCUGCAACGGCACUACCGUCUAACAUCUCGCGAGCUGAAGAGACUGAGCUCCACCACACUGUCUCCGUUGUACAACCACUUCAACGAAACACUUCAAGGACUUCUUACCAUCCGAGCAUUUCGAGCUGUGCCUAGGUUCAGGAGGGACAACGGCACCAGACUAGAAGCCAAUCAGAAGGCUCAGUUGGCCAGUCAGGCAGCAGCUCAGUGGUUGUCUCUGAGACUACAGCUUAUUGGUGUUGCCAUGGUGACAGGUGUGGGACUGUUGGCUGCACUACAACACCACUUAAGCAUUGCUAACCCUGGACUUGUGGGGUUGGCUAUCUCCUACGCCCUGUCAGUGACUGGAGCUCUCAACGGACUGGUAAACGCCUUCACAGAGACGGAGAGAGAGAUGGUGUCAGUAGAGAGGGUGGAUCAGUAUCUCCGAGAGAUCACAACUGAGGACUUUCGGGAGCGACUGGCUCCUCCACCAUUCUGGCUUAGUCAGGGGGUCGUGUCCUUUGAUAACGUCACUCUCAAGUACAGGGAUCACCUACUUCCAUCCCUCAAGUCAGUAAGUUUCUGCACUCGCCCGGCAGAGCGCGUUGGUGUGGUUGGUCGCACUGGGGCUGGUAAGAGCAGCUUGUUUGCAGCUCUGUUUAGGUUAGUGGAACUGCACGAUGGUGAAAUAUCCAUCGAUUCUGUCAACAUCGCUCACAUAGGAUUGAUGCAGUUAAGAUCCCGAAUGUCCGUUAUCCCACAGGAGCCUACGCUCUUCCCUGGUACAGUCCGGGAUAACAUAGAUCCUCUCCGGCAAUACAGUGACAGCAACAUCUGGUCGGCUAUACAGCGCUGCCACCUGGUGGGAGUGAUUAGAGACUUGGACACUACGGUGGAGCUGAGCACAGGACAAGCACAGCUGUUAUGUCUGUGUCGAGCUGUGCUGCAUAAUGCUAAGAUCCUGUGUGUGGAUGAAGCGACUGCCAAUGUCGAUGAAGAAACAGACAAACUGAUAACUCAGACUUUACGCAGCAACUUCCGCCAGAGCACAGUGAUCACCAUUGCUCACCGUGUCCGCACCAUCAUUGACUCUGAUAGGGUGCUUGUGAUGGGAGAAGGUACUGUGCUGGAGUUUGACACUCCCGAACAGCUGUUUCAAGACAGAACUUCUCACUUGUAUCAGCUGUUACAUCAGGACUACGACUCGUAACACAUUGUGAUCCUAGGCAAUUUACUAUAUUUCACCUUAUUGUAUAUUAUUUGAUUAUUUAUUUCUAGACUUGUUUUUAACCCUUUGACACAGACUGGUAUGAAGGAAGUAUACCUUGUUCUAAGACUGUAAUUUAAGAUUAACAUUUUACAAAGCAAAUACUAUUAUUUAAAUGUUUUGAUUUGAUAUUUUAGUAGGGGGUGAGCCCACUAGAGGUCUUGUAGUACUUUACCCUCUUCAGCGUAGGUUGUCUUGUUUGGGUGGUUAGCUGUACAAGUUGUAGUCUGUAGCGCAGCCGCAGCUCAAGCAAAUUUAACAUUGGUAGGUGUAGCUCUUAUUAUGGUGCCAAAGUGACACACAGAUAAAGGGGACGAUGUGAGCAUCAGAUACAGCUCUUGAAAUUGAAACAAUCCCAUCUUGCUUGUGUGAAUUAGCCUGUACAACUGGCCCACCGAGUGCAAAUGGUUAAAAUCAAACCGAGCAAGGUAAAGAAAUUGUUCAUUCAUAACACUUGAGUUUUUUGUUUUUGUUUUUAAGAAAUCUCAAAUUUUGCACUUUUGCAA